AUUGAGGCUGAAAACUUAUUCCCAGUCAGCCACGCACACAGAGCCCACAUGUAUAUGCACGUGUAGGUGGCCAGCCACACAGAUCACAGACAAGAGCACUCUCAGAAACACAGCACCAGCAGCCUCAUCCUGCUUCCCUUUCUGGCUGAGGAGAAUGAAGGUCUGCUAAUGAGAAGAUAUCUUUAUCUAUACGUACAUAUGUACAAGGUGGAUCCCUGCAACAGGCAGGCUCAGACACUCAGCCUGUCCAGUAGCUCCCACUGAGUCCCAGUCUCCCCAGUUGCUGGCACCUGGCUAUAUGAGUCCCCUCUUUACUCUUCACGAAGAGUAGUGGGAGGUGUCUGCCACGUCGGUUAACAAAAUGUUUGGGACGGUGGUGGUUGGAGUUGGAAUUGCUGGCUUAGCGCGAAUCCGAGACUUGAUGAAUCCGAUGCCUUCCAGCCCUUCUGAGCACUUGAAACUCUUUGGAUUUGUAUCCAGGAGAAGUUUCGGCAAUAUUAAUGAGGCCAAGCAGAUUAGCCUGGAAGAUGCUCUAAGAAGCAAAGAGAUCCAUGCAGCCUUCAUCAGCACAGAGAACAGAAGCCAUGAAGAAAACAUCAGAAUGUUUUUAGAAGCUGGGAAGCAUGUCCUUGUUGAGUACCCCAUGGCUUUGUCUGCUAAGGCGGCCCAUGAGCUCUGGGAGAUGGCUGAGCAGAAAGGUAAAAUACUCCAUGUGGAGCACAUUGAGCUUCUGACGGAAGAGUACAAGCAGCUGAAAAAAGAGGUGGCUGGGAAAGACCUGGUGAAGGGAACAUUGCAUUUCACAGGUAGUGUCCUCGAUGAAAACAAAACAGGAUUCCCAGCUUUCAGUGGAAUUGCCCGACUGACCUGGCUGAUUGACCUCUUUGGAGACCUCACUGUUACCUCUGCCACCAGAGAAAAGCAGAAGGAUAAGAAUUAUUCCAGAAUGACUGUUCACUUUCAGACUGCGAACAAGAAACCUCUGACUUGGAUUGAAGAAAGGGGACCAGGGAUGAGACGUGAAAAGAAAAUCAACUUCUGUUUCACAAGUGGUUGCAUGGAGAACUUCCCUCAAGCCCCAAGGUCUGCUGUGGGCCUUUUCAUGCAGGAUCAGAACCUCUUUGCCAAAAAACUGCUGGGCCAGGUAUCCAAGGAGGAGCUGGCUGCUGAGAAAUGGCGAAUUUUGCGGUGUCUUGACCUUGCCGAGGUGAUCCAACAGCACUGUGAACAGCUGGAGAAUAUUUGUUCCUGAAACUUCUCUUAGGGAAGGAGGAACGCGGCAGACGGGAAAGCUGUAGUGCUAGAGCUCACCGUUGCCAUGAAAGCAGUUCCUGUUUCUGGGUGGUUUUUUUUCUUCUUUCUUUCUGACUAAUUGUGAUUCCUAGGCUCUCUGGGUAGGCUGGAUAGCCUGGGCUAUACCCCAUGCCUUCUGAUUUGCGCCAGAAAAAAAGCAAUGUUACCCUGCUCCGACGCAUUGCCGUCCUUCCAGGCAGAGAGGAACAUAGCAGCAGCAAGCUUUCCUGUGAUUCGCUUGGAAAUGUCCCUGAGAGCAGAUCCUGGAGGACUGCAAUUACUAGAUAUAAUUUUUCCUCCUGCGUUGUUUUUUUUUUCUCCCUCUAGGUACAUCUGAAAAUGAGACGUGUCUGGUUUAGUAAUAUUCAUGUAGUAUUAGCUAGAAUGAAGUUCUAGGUAAGCCUUCCACCUCUUGAUCUGCAGAAUUUGUGCCACCACAGUCCUGACAUUUCUUCCAGAUGCCCCAAAUUGUUCUGUGUGUUUGCUCUAGUUAGUUAUGGUGCUGGUUUGGUUUUAUUGGGGGUUGUUUUGGUUUGGGUUUUGGUUGUUUUUUUAUAUUAGAGAUCAUCUACCUUCAAAUAGAAUCUAUAUUGGUAUCAAACCACAAUAGAAGGAAAAAUCUUGUCUCUUGCCAUGUUGAGUUCACUCAAUUUCUCUGGUGUCCUGUGCCAACACAGAAAUCUUUCCAGCAGAGGUUGAAACAGUACAUUAAACUAAUGCAUCAUCUGCCUGCUUUCUACUGAAUCUAAAUAUUUUUCUGUUUUUUUACUGGAGCAGCAUAUUGCUGUCCUUCAUUUAUGUUUUGUAUCUAAUUCAGCAUGUGAAUGGAUUACUGCUAAAAAUAACUUUUAAGAAAAAAAUAACUACUGUGCUCCUUGAAACAGUGGAAUUAAUUAGAAAUAGUGAUAAAAUUAGAAUGGAACUGUAGAAAAUGGAGCAUUUUGCAAGUAUAGUUGUGUGGUUAUGGUGUAUGACACCUGUGGUUUAACAUUUUACAGUAGUCUCAGGGUCAUGUAUGAAGACUAUCACUUCCCUAAAGAAGCGUUUUAGUUUUACGAGAAGACUAACCAGCAUGCAAAACUAUGAACAGCUCCUCUCUUUGCCUCUCACUUUCUAAUUACAGCAUCUGUCCGUGCUAUACUAAUAUAGUGGCAGACUUCAGUCUGUGCCAUUGUUCUUUCAGACACAGAACCAUCAUUUCUUUUCCAUGUUAUGACUCGGGCAGUUUUUUAAUAAAGGAGCAUAUAUGUUGUGAAUGUAUACAUAAAUACAGCCAGUCAGUAUUGAUGGGAAAAAAGUCUUCCUUUCAUAUUAAUACAGAAGCUGGAUACAGCUCAGUUAGUUGGAAACAGGGAAGGAAAGACUGGUUUUUUCCCCCAAUUUUUUAGGAGCAACUGGAGCUUGAUAAGUUAAUUAAUUCUGCAUGUGAAAUUUGUUUAGAUCUACCUGUUAAAAUAAGUGACAGUCUUCCUAUUGGCUGCAAUGGAUUGAAACCCAUGUGGGCUGGCGGCACAUCCAUGCAGGCGGAUCACACGUGUGUCAGCCCAAAUGGGCACCUUACUGAGCAUUCCCGGGGACUUCAUUACCGAUGUGACGGGCAUUGCCUGGGCAGAUCUGCUGCUGUAUGAGGGGAAAAACUGGGUUUGUGGUACAGUGCAAAAAGUCCAUCUGGGAUGCAACUGAAAUGAGAAUCUGCUGUGUAUGUUUAUCUGCUGUGUAUGACAGCACAUGCGAGAUUCUGUUUCUUGACUAAGUCCUCAGCUGUGAACAUGGGGUGAACACCACUUGUUUACAUGCUAAUUCACCAUGGGUAGCUGAGGAGGGAGGGCAAAGGAAAGGGAGAUUCCUACUCCCCAUCUGUAGGAUAAUCAAAAUUAGCCACCACAUCUCCCCGGGCACACUGCAGUUGCUGGCGAGAGCAGUAUUCCUCAAAGAAACAGGGAAGAGAUUCACAGGAGCUCUGCAGAGCAGCAGUGUAACAGCGUGCAGUGAAUCACCCUCUGGAGAAGCUUGUUUCUAUGGAGCGCGCCUGGAGAAAUUAGCUGGUUAAUUUGAGCUAGGGAAGGCAGAUGCCUAGAGCUGGGUGUCUUGCGCUGUCCCCCCCAUCCCCCUCCCAUCCCUCCCAGCUAACCUGCUCGCCUGCAGCUGCCUGCCCUGCUCCUGGGAGCUUGCAGCAUUGAAAUUCCUUCAGCCCUCUGAAUUUGCUGUGCUGUACCAUGGUGGUUUGUAUACGAGAGCUACUGGAUGUCAAGCUUCAAACGUACACAUCGUUUAACCAGAUGUCAAACUCGCCAAUAAAAUGUCGGAGUUCUUAAUGA